AUGAACACGAUUGAUCCGGAGGUUCGGUCCAUGCUUUCUAAUUAUGACAAUGCUAAGAAGCUUUGGGAUGAUUUACACGAACGAUUUGGUCUCGUUAAUGGCCCUCGAAUUCAGCAAAUAAAAUCCGAAAUUAAUCGGUGUGAACAAACCAAAUUAAUGCCAGUUGCUGUUUACUUUAGCAAACUCUCUGUUUUAUGGGAUGAAUUGGACAAGCACGAGCCUCUAAUUAAUUGCAAGUGCGGUAAGUGUACUUGUGAUGUUGGUAAGCAACACGCAAAUCGUCAUGAAGGUGAUCGACUUCAACAGUUUCUGCUCGGCUUAUACUCUGAUUAUUAUGCUGCUCUUCGAUCCACUCUACUAUCCCAAGACCCUUUGCCCUCUUUGAACCGUGCUUUUCAAACAAUUGCACAGGAAGAACGUGUUCGCGGCAUUGCUCACAUCAAAGAAGAAACCCCAGAGGUGGCUGGUUUUGCGGUUCGUAUGGAAAAUAAUUCCAAACCGCGCCUUUCCCGAGCAGAGAGGGCUGCUCUUGUCUGCCAGCAUUGCCAUAAAAAAGGGCAUGAUGCCACAACUUGUUUUGACAAACAUGGAGUUCCCUCGUGGUAUGUGGAAAAAUAUGGGUCGAAGGAUGAUUCUCGUGGAGCAGGACGUGGGAGAGGUGCGCCUGUCAAGGCCAAUGCAACACCUACGGCUGCACCUCCACCCCAAAACAAUUCGGCCUCGGCUACUACAAUGCCGCAUCUAACCCCCGAGAAAUGGCAAGCCGUGAUGGCCGUUAUGGGUAACUCUCCACAUCCAUCUCACCGUGUGAAUGGUAAGUGGAUUAUUGACACCGGAUGUUCUCAUCAUGUGACCGGUGAUUUUUCUUGUCUUAUGGACGUUCAUGACGUCCCGUCUUGCAAUGUUGAACUUCCGGAUGGCAACAAUGUGAUUGCUAUGAAAGAAGGCGUUGUAAAAAUAACAGACAAAAUUAUUCUUCCCAAUGACCAACGCACGAGGGAGGUGAUUGGAAUGGGUGAUCUCAAGGAUGGACUAUAUUAUCUACGGGAAGAUGCAUCUAUUGCGGCUAUUUCAGUUGAAGAUACAUUGAAACUUUGGCAUAAACGGUUGGGACAUCCAUCCGAAAAAGUUGUAAAGCUACUACCUUUUCUUAGUAAUUUUAGUGGUCAUUUAAAUAAAAAUUGUGAAGUGUGUCAUCGUUCUAAACACACUAGAGACAAAUUUCCUUUAAGUGAUAAUAAAGCUUCCCGUAUUUUUGAAAUAGUACAUUGUGAUCUUUAG